AUGGACGGAAACACUCUGGCAUCCUAUGGCGGCAGCCUCGUCGCUCGUGCAGGCGGUUUACAUCCUCCACCAGAAGUCCUUCUCAGCUGGCCAAAACCGAAUUAUGUCGACCCGGAGGAACGAGGUUGGGGACCCCCAAUACUGCUCAUGGUCGUCUUGGGCAUCACCUUCCUGGUAUACUGUGCGCGGAUGUGGGCAAGGCUGGUCAUAUCGAAGAACUUUGGGCUGGAUGACAUACUUGUCAGCAUGGCAAUGCUGCCGCUAUUCGGUCUGACCAUAUCAAGCGUACUUGGUAUUCGUAUCUAUGGCUUCCAAUGGCACGUCUGGGACCAGACCAAAGAAACGCUAGUAACGACAAGAGAGAUCGCUUUUGCAAUCGAACUUAACUACAUGUUAACCUCGACGCUGAUCAAAGUCUCGAUCCUUUGCUUCUACCGCCGAAUCGGUGAUCGUCUGACGAAUCAGUUUAUCUACUGGGUCUACGGCACCAUCGCCUUCUGCAUCAUCUACGGAAUUGCCUUCACUAUUGCCAUUGUCUUCACAUGUACACCGGUUAUAGGAUUCUUCCGCCUCUUCGACAUAUCCUGGAGACUGCAGAAUGAACUGACGUGUCGCAACGAGGGGGCCCUUAUUGUUGCAUGCGCGGUGAUUUCACUGUUCCAGGAUUUCAUCAUCUGCCUGCUACCAGUACUUUUGAUUUGGAACCUCCAGAUCAGCAAACGCCAAAAGAUCGGCCUGUGUGCCAUUUUUGGCGUGGGCCUGAUAACAUGCAUCUGCGUCACCUACGACAUCACCUGGGCAGCGUAUUCUGGAUGGAUCUGGACGACACUCGAAGCCCAGCUCGCCGUAAUGUGCGCGUCAGCGCCCUCGCUCAAAGUCUUCCUCGGUCGCUACUUCAGCAUGUACACCUCGCGCGCCGGCUACUCUCAGACUGGAAUCCCCGGUCAAGCGUCUGGUCCGUCUUCAAAUACACUAUCGCAAGGCUUCACCGGGAAAGCAUCCCAGCACUCUACACAGCGAUCGCAGUGCACUGCUGGAUCGAUUCGCGGCGAUGUUCCGUUGGAAGGCAUCCAUAUAACCAACAAGUUGGAUGUCAAGGUUGAAGAGCGCGAUUAUUACGAGCAGGGCAGUCUUCACAGUACUAAGGAGCUCACUGCGCUCCCCGUGUCAUCGCAGCCUGGUUGGCGGGAUGGCUGUAAGACAGUUUGCGCAGCGCUCCGACCGAGCAGCAGAGGCACAUCAGCAACUCGUGGUCGAACUCGCGACGGCGACGUCGAAGCCGGCCGCGCCUACUAA